AGUAAUGGCUGUUUACAUGGGAUAUAAUGGUACACAGUAGAGUAGUCAUGUAAGGUGACAUCAGUGUGUGAUUACAUAGACCAAUUUUUAUAUGUGGGACCGCUCGGAAUACCUGGAGAUGUGAAAAUUAUUUUCUGUGGAUCAAUGGGAUCACACAUUCUUGACAUACUUCGUCAGGGGAUAUGGGCGUCUUUGACAGGAGGAUGGUUUUACGACCCACAGCAGCAAGUGUUCUGCAACACUUUUCACAUGUACUUGUGGGCUUUUCUGCUGGCCUUCCCUCUCGUCGUCCAUUCCAUUGUGGAAGCCUCUGUCCUGGUGUGGGGAAUAUACUGUGGUGUGAUCUGUCUGCUCUUCACCUGGAUCAAAGUGGUCAACUUCAAACUUCACUACUUGUUUGAUACCGGUGAAGCUGAAGAGGAAGUGCCAGAAAAUGGAACAGAAGACCCGGAGGGUGGUGAUAAAGAUGAGGCUGAGAAAGGUGGCGGUGACUCGUCCAAGGACAACGAGUACAUCGAAAUGUCCAACCUGGCAACCUCACCAGCAGCGGGAGACCACCCACAGCCUUUGUCAACUGUGUCCUCGCAGCUUGAACUGGGGAAAGACUAUUCCAACGAGGCCUUACCAUCGCCAGUCACAGUUGUCAAGGCUAGCAAAGCAGGAAAAGCUCCUCUGGCCCAAGUUGAAGGAGAUGAAUUCACCAUGACAGAACGCGGGAAGCUUUCCUCCAAGCACGAACUGACCAGCAGUGGCAACGAGGAUGAAGAUUCCCCGGACCAAGAUGAUGACAUUCCGCACACAAUCAUAACGCAGGCCGACAUAGAACACACCCCGAGGUCCAACACCGCAGCACAGGAAGAGGAGGAUACUGCCGAGGCCGCGAAGGGAGCCGAUCCUGAUGGUUCGAAUAAUGAGGAGCUGGACGAUACUCUUCAUGCAGAGGAAGUUGUUAUCACCAUGGAUGGAGAAAGACAACGGAGUGGUAGGAAAAAUGCUGGGGAGGAGGAGGACGAAGGAGAAACCGGCUUGUCUGACGGGGAAGUGAAAGUAGAGCAAGACUGUGGAGAACACAAGAGUGGGUGUAAAGAAACGACCGCACGCGUUCGAAGACGCAAAGAUAGAGAUGGGAAGCGGGGUGACGAUGGCGGUGGUCACUGCUCCGACAAGGAAACCGGCCACAAGCAAAAAGAAGCUGACGCAGAGGCCCCGGGCUCGAAAGUCCCCAGCACCAGCGACUCGGACCAUUCCAAGCCAAAGCUGAGGAUGCGCAAGGAGAGGAGAGCGGUGAGGCGCAGCAAGAGCACGGUGGAGUGGAGUCAGAGCCCGCCCCCGCCCGCCGCCAAAGCCAAGCUGUCCUCGCAGUCGCUGAACAUGCCAGUGGCCCCAGCAAAAGUGGCGGUGCUCCAUAACUCUACCUCCAGUAACAGCGAUUGGUCCGACGUUAGUUUCGGAGAAGUGGAAGUACCCGAGCUGAGCUCUAUCCCGGACGGACAGGACGACUUGUUUGUGUCCUCCAGUUCUCAGCCGGUGCUGUCGUCGAGUGUCGGAGAGUCAUCCGGCUCCACGAUCGUGGCUGGCAACUCCCAGCUGCAGAGCACGCGGCCGGACAGCCCCCACCCCAAGCGGAACCAGAGGGUGUACAUGUCCGGCAGUAGAACCUCAUCCUCUCCCUCCCCGCAGCACCAGGAUCAGGUGAUGGCUGGCCCUCCGUACCUGCUGGACUUGUGGCCGCGGAGACUACAUGACGGGGACUCGGACUCUCUCACCUCAGGCGGUGCAGACACGGCCUCGCACACGACAGACACGAGCAGUUCUGUCAACAUGGAGCUCACCCUGGAGCAGAAAAUUGCCAAGGACAUUGACCUCACCACUCCCAGCAGUCCAUCAGCAGAAGAUCUGGCCUUGAUGAGAAGUCAGGGAGCCAUCCCGAAAAAGUUACGCUCCCGCUCCAUGAGGCAGAACAACAGCUUAAAAGAAUCCACUAGUCCUGGCUCGACCGACCUGUCCGAUCCGGAGGAGAUCCGGCGGAGAUUGAUUGAGAUCCUCUCUGAUCCCGACGAGCAUUCGGAAGAGCUGAAACAACUACAGCAGUUUGUGAAAAUGAAAAAAAACCAGGCUAAUGCUCUUGAUGCUUCCAAAGAGAAGUCGGGGGACUCUGGAGCCACCAAAGGAGAUGGAUCGAAACAGGACGAGUCUCAAAAACACCUACAGAAGCCUGGGUCUGGCAACACCGAGGAAGAACGGAAGACGUCGACCACACCCACAGAGUUCAGUGCUCUGUUGCCGGCCAACCCACAACUGAACAGGCCCACCAACAGGAGGGCGAGACGUCGUAGGGGUCGGCGUCCUCUCCCCCAGAGGAAAGGGUCUCCGCCGAUAGCUGCCCUGAGCAUGAUGGUUGGGGAGGAGGGCCACCUGGCCACCUCGCACGAUGACACCACUGACGGGGCUGUGCACUGGUUCCAGGACGAACAGGGGAACUGGAUGUCCUACACAUUUGGGGAAAACAGCUCCGGAGUUGCACUGAACCUGACGGAUUUGAACAUGAAUUCCAGUGGUGGAGGGGGCGAGCACAGAAGACAUCACGAGCCUGACAAAUGGUCUCUGUCGUCGAUCGCCUCCAACUCGACGGUGAUCGUGGAAGAGUCGCCGCCGUCGCAAGCUGACAGCCCGUCGGGCCGCGUCCUGCCCAACCUGGACGACAUGAGUGCGGUGGUGGACAGCCUGCACCUGCCGUACGCCCACUCGUACGCCCAGUCGCUGCUGCGGAGAAACCACACGUCCAACUCGUCAAUGGACAGCGACACCACCCACGCCAACGCCCGCUCGGACAGGGGCGCACCCAAGCCCAAGCAUUUCUACAAGUUUUGGCUGUGGCCCCUGUCGCGGUUCAUCAAGAUACGAUUUGAUCGCCUAGCACUUUUAGCAGCAUUAGAUAGGAACAUAUCUGUGAUAGAAAAUGUGAUAUCAGUGGUGAUGGCCGUUGGUGUUGGUGCUCUGGGAGCUCUCAUGAUUUGCUCCAAUUUCUACCACGACUUGUAUCUACUUCUUUUCUGUUUCAUCAUGGCUGGGUGCCAGUACAGUCUGCUGAAGAGUGUUCAGCCUGAUGCUGCUUCACCAAUGCAUGGCUACAACCGUUUGAUAGUGUUCAGCCGUCCCUUCUACUUUUGUCUGUGUUGCUCAAUCGUUCUCCUCCUCCACUAUGGCAGCAGUGCAGUGAACAACAAGCCCAUUUACCUCUACGACAUUCCCUUCACACUCUCAUCCACUCUCACAUUCCUCAGGCACUUCUUCAAAACAUUUAUUUUAUUUUUCCCUGUACUCUUUACUCUGGGCCUGCUGCCUCAAGUAAAUACUUUCCUCAUGUACACCCUGGAGCAAGUAGAUAUGCAUGUAUUUGGUGGGAAUGCAACUACCAGUCUCAUGACAGCUUUCUAUUGUGUGUGUCGCAGUAUUCUUGCCGUGUUGGUCUUGUAUGGAUUUGCAUAUGCCUCUCUCAAGGAAAUUGGUGGCCCUGAGUACAAAUGUGGGGAUGAGAUCAGUGACGCGGCUCAGAAUGUGCCUUUCUCAAUUCUGUGUGGGUGUAUCGUGUCCAUGGCCUAUCAUCUCAGUCGCUCGUCCAGCGACCCGGGUGUGCUGUGGAUGCUGUUGAAAGGUCUUGUGUUUGGGGAGACGCAAGACAAAGAGAAGGAGGGACAGAGCGGCAAGGAGACUCAGGAACUUGUGGAUCCUCUGCCGGAAAAGCUGAAAACUUGCUUAAAACAACGGCUUCAGUCGGACGCCAUCGUGUGUGUGGCAGUGACGGUGCUGGUGUUUGCUGUGCACGUCAGCACAGCCUUCACAAGUCCUGCCCUGCAGCCGGUGUUGAGUGACAUCCUGUACCUCCUGGCCGGCAGUGUGGGUUUCAUCAUCCACUACAUCAUCCCACAGACCAGGAAGGAGAUGCCCUGGCUGUGCUGCUCCCACCCCAUCAUCCGCAGCAAGGAGUGGAUGCUUUUCGAAGCUAAAGAGGCUCCGGUGGUGAUGUGGAUCGAGUACCUGUACGUGGGCCUGAGGUUUGUGGAGCGGAACAUCAUCUACCCCGUGCUGUGUCUGUGCGCCACCACCACCUCCACACCGGACAUUAUCUGUAAAUUUGGCAACAUCGGAGGCCCAUUGAUCAUCCUUGUAUGCAGCUUGAAGAUGUUGAGGUUCGCUUUCUCCGACACGCCUCGCCAGUACCUCAUCAUCACCUUCACCUAUUUUUUCUUCAAGUACGACUUCCGCUGGUCUUCGGAAAGCUUCCUCAUUGAUUACUUCUUUGCGUCCAUCAUGUUUUGCAAGUUUUGUGACUUCAUGUUGAAGCUCAAGUUCAUCAUCACGUACAUCGCCCCGUGGCAGAUCACAUGGGGCUCUGCGUUCCACGCCUUCGCACAGCCAUUCAGUGUUCCUCAUAGUGCCAUGCUGUUUCUCCAAGCCAGUGUCUCCGCCAUAUUUUCCACUCCACUUAAUCCUUUUUUGGGCAGUGCAAUAUUUUUCACAUCCUAUGUCAGACCGGUGAAGUUUUGGGAGCGUGAUUACAACACAAAGAGAGUUGAUCACACAAACACCAGACUAGCCUCUCAGCUGGAGCGAAACCCAGGAGCUGACGACAACAACCUGAACUCUAUCUUCUACGAGCACCUGACGCGCUCGCUGCAGCACAGCCUGUGUGGCGACCUGAGCCUUGGCCGCUGGGGCAACUUCACGCAGGGCGACUGCUUCAUCAUGGCCUCCGACUACCUCAACGCCCUGGUGCACAUCAUCGAGGUCGGCAACGGCCUGGUCACCUUCCAGCUCCGGGGGCUCGAGUUCAGGGGAACUUACUGCCAGCAGCGAGAAGUUGAGGCCAUCACCGAGGGUGUUGAGGAGAAUGAGAGGUUCUGCUGCUUUGAGCCGGGCCACCUUCCCCACUUCCUGUCUCUGAAUGCAGCGUUCAACCAGCGGUGGCUGGCGUGGGAGGUAGUGGUGUCCAAGUACAUCCUGGAGGGCUACAGUAUCUCCGACAACAGCGCAGCCACCAUGUUACAGGUCUUCUCCCUGCGAAAAGUCCUCAUCACUUACUACAUCAAGAGCAUUAUCUACUACACGGUGCGCUCCCCGCGUCUGGAGGACUGGCUGGAGGACGCCACGGUGCAGCAGGCCCUCGACUCCAUGAAGGAGGACGGCCACGUUGACCUUGACCCCACCUUCAACGUCCACAUCGAUGAGGACUUUGACCUCCGCCUGCAGGGGAUCUCCCGCAACAGCUUCUGUCAGGUGUACCUGGUGUGGAUACAGCACUGUGCAAACCGCAGGGAUAAGUGUGGACUACUUCCUGUGCGGCCUCCAUGCUCUGUUCAAGGGCGACUUCCGCAUCCAGUCGCAGCGCGACGAGUGGGUGUUUGCCGACAUGGACAUGAUGCGGCGUGUGGUGGCCCCGGCCGUAAGGAUGUCGCUCAAGCUGCACCAGCAUCAUUUUACAGCUCCGGAUGAGUACUGCGACUGCCAGGUUCUGUACGACGCCAUCACGGACAAUGAGAGAACCAUGGUGAUAUCCCACGAGGCCGACCCCGCCUGGCGGAACGCUGUCAUAUCUAACGUGCCGUCUCUGUUGGCCCUUCGGCAUGUUUUUGACGAGGGAGCUGAUGAGUACAAAAUUAUCAUGCUGAACAAACGCUACUUAAACUUCAGGGUGGUCAAGGUGAACCGAGAAUGCGUGCGAGGACUGUGGGCGGGGCAGCAGCAGGAGCUGAUAUUUCUGCGCAAUCGCAACCCGGAGAGAGGCAGCAUUCAGAACGCCAAGCAGGCGCUGCGCAACAUGAUCAACUCUUCGUGCGACCAGCCCAUUGGCUACCCCAUCUACGUGUCCCCACUAACCACCUCGUACAGCACCACCCACGACCAGCUGACCGGCGUCCCGGUCCUCGGGGGAGAGUUCCGCUUCAGUGCCUUGCGCUCUUUCUUCACGUCCAUUUGGAACAGGCUGCGACAACGCUGCGACGCUACGUGUGCCGGGGGGAGCGCGCCGUUUGAGCCGGACCGUGGGGCGUAUACCGUGAGCCAUCAGAUGGCAGCAGCGACCAUCGGCUCCACUCCCCGGCAGAAUCUGCCGCCCUCGCUGGGCAUCGAUAUUCCGAUGCAGCCUCUGGGCAACCGUGGCAGCCUCAUCUCCACCGCCUCCUCGGCCAGCAAAGUGACCACUCUGGCCUCGCUGGCAAACCUCACCAGUCUGAUCAACGAGUCCACACUCAAGGACAACCUGCCCCACAGAGUUCGGAUCAUGGACCCCAGCCUGAUCUACGACUGCAUCAACCUGGGCCGGCGCGUGGACGUCCAGUGGCCCAACGAGGACUGGAAGACGGCCGGAGGGAAGAACGGGUGGAAGGAGUGGACGCCCAAGAAGGGGAUGGAGGGCACGGUGGUCCACCGCUGGACCCCUGGCCACACGGACCCCGUGAAGAGAUCUCACGUGGACAGGAACAUUCUGUUAGUGCAGCUGAAGGACCACUACGUUCCCAUCGCCGAGUCGGGCGUCCUUGACCUUGGUGCUGAGGUGUGAUGUGUCGUGUAAUGUGUGGUGUGUUUAAUGUGUGAUGUGUAGUCUAAUGUAUGAGGUGUCAUGCGUGAUGUGUCUUGCGUGGUGUGUUGUGUGGAGAGAGAAGUGUGUUGUGUGCUGCCUGUAUGUGGUUUAGUGUCCGAGCUUUUUUUGACACUUGUGUCGGAGCAUUUUUUGACACGGCUGUGUCGAUGUUCCAUGCAAUGGAAAAACAUAUCAUGCCCUGUGGGUAGUGUGAAAGUGAAGUGAAGCUAUACAUAUUCGUUAUGUCUAUAUAAUGUAAAUUUUUAUAUCAUAAUUUGUUUGAUGCUACUUAAUUAUUUUGUGGAUAUUAUUGACCUUAUGUUCAGUUGAAGCUCAGUUGGUUUUGUGUGGGUUUUUUUCUUCUUUUAUUGUCUUCAGUUGUGAGAAAACAGUGCAGGGUACGAUGAUAUUUGGAUGAGUGCUUUUACAUUUAGGUGGCGUAUACUUGUUUGUGUUCCUAAUUUAUGCCUCAUUGAACGGCCUUCUAUAUUAUACAUGAUACGUUUUGCUCUCCCUCUCCUGAAAAAUGAGGGGGCAGUGAGUCUACGUGCUGUGAACCUGGCAUCCAAUGAAUUCGUCGAGUCUGGUCCUUAGUUUGCGCUGAUUGCCAAGGUGUUGCUGAAAAGUGGAAACAAAAAGGAAAAGAGAAAAAUCCACUUUUGUUGGUCGUGUGGGAAAAUUCUGGUACAUGCCAUAUGCAAUGUAUACUUAAAUAUAUAUGUAGAAGUUCAAUCAUCAGCUUGCAAUACUUGCUGUAGACAAUUAAACGGCAGAGUGGGUUU